AUGGUAAACGGCAAUUAUGUGUUGUACGGGGACCGGCCGUCCUCGGAGUCCGAAAUCGUCGAGGACCACGUGCACGCGCGCACGGCCGAGCGAAAGCCCAGGAGGAAGGCGAACAGGAGUGCGAACGAGCUGCAAUUCUCGCUGAACCUCGCCCAGCUGGACAACGAGACGGACUCCGUCAAGUACGAGAAGAGGGCGAAGGAGCCGCGGCUGCUGCGCUACGUGCCCACCACGGAUGUGGAGGAGCACUUCGUGAGCGAGAAGUUCGAGACGUACGACCUAAAGCCCACCGAGGAGCCGCCCAGGCGAUACGCCUUCGCCAAGAAGCCAAAGAACCCCGCCGACGGCUCGGUGAACUACGCGUACUCGAGGUCCAGCAGCAGCUGCAGCUCGCCGAACGGGAACCUGCCCACGAUCUCCGAGCAAGGGGAGCAAUAUGGCACGUACCGCGUGCGCGGGGUGCACGCCGCCGACGACGAGCCGGCCACCGCCUACGAGACGAAGCUGGACAAGUACUUCGCCAGGCCCCGAGACCGAGACGUGAAGACGUUCGUCGCUAAGGGUUCUCACCCAGACAGUCUGUACCGGGUGCCCAUGGGUAGCAGCGUAGGUGCGAGCAAGAUCGGCCGGAUACUCCGCGUGCUGCGAUGGCCGGUGGCUUUGUUCAGCGUGUGCGUCGCCUUGGCUAUCUUCGUGUACUUCCUUAUGCCUGACAACCUUUCCUCCGAGUAUGAGAUCGUCAAUGCAACGAGCUGGCAGAAGAGUAAUGCAAACCCCCAAUCCCGCAGGAAUCCCGAAAAGCCCGGUCGGAAGCCCCUGGAGGGAAACGGGCACUUGCCAAAGGGCAAUUUACGUACGCACGGUACGAAACCGCAGGAAAUUGAUUUCUACGACGCUGAGAGCGCAACAGGUAUUGACCUAACAUCCUUAAUGGAAAAGAAAACAACGAAAAAUGAACAAACUAAAACACCAGCCCCUCCAGUCUUUCCCACACAUUUAACGCCCGAGGUGCAGUACGGUAACGAGAAAGCGGACACUGGGAAAUUACGUAAUCCCAAAGUAAUGGAAGACGCAACCACGAAGGCCGACGAGUCCACAUUGAAACCGCACAUCACCCAAAGUCCCGAGAAACCACUGGCCAUAUACUUCGACGAGGGCAAAGCGGUCGCGGCGAGCACGACCGAGAGCAUUACACGGGCGGAGAGCAAUAAUGACGUAUUGCUUUACGACGAGAGGCAAACAACAAAAGCACCCGAAGGGAUGUCGAGUAAGGCACAUCCACCUGUCUACAAAGACACCUCCCUGUACAUGCGCAAUGAGAACACGAGUCCGAGGGAGCAGCCGAACGAGCCGGAGCUCCCACCGGAACUUCACGGCUACUACCAGUUCAGUCCGUUGAGCCCGGACAAUCGUUUCACCUCGGGCCACUCUAAGCUGUUCGGCAUCUCCAUAGAGGACGCGCAGAAGAUGAAGUCCACCACCCAAAGCUCCCUGUACAACACUCGAGUCUCCCCAACACUGCCUACGUGGCGGGACAGGAUCGAUAGCACAACAAAAAAUUAUCCCUUAAAUAUCAAUUUAGACGUAUCGCAAUGCCGGUCGACGAGGCUUGCCCUAUGCAGGGGAGUGCUUCCAUACGACUUAGCGGGCCCUGCGGUGACAUUGGACGAUGUGGAGGUGACGGAACUGCUGCCCCAGAUAGAGUACCUGGUGGCCACCAACUGCAGCGAUCGGGCAGCGCAAUUCCUCUGCGCUCUUCUAGAACCUGAGUGUAGUCCAUCCCCGUAUCCAGCAAAGAUGCCGUGCUAUAACCUCUGCAGGGCGGUGGCGGAGAGCUGCGAGGGCUCCAUCCCACGGGAGCUGGCCGGGGUGUUCGUCUGCGCGCGGUACGCGGCGGAGGGCUGCGCGAUGGCGCGCUCCCCUUGCGGCCCGCGCGAGCAGCCCUGCUCGGACGGCGGCUGCGUGCCCUCGCACUGGGCCUGCGACGGCACCCCUGACUGCGCCGCCGGCGACGACGAGGCGCACUGCACCGGCUGCGCGCCCAACGAGUUCCAGUGCGGCUCCGGCGGCUGCAUCCGCUCGCGGUGGGUGUGCGACGGCUACUCCGACUGCCCCCGGGGCGAGGACGAGGCGGAACAGGUGUGCGGCAGACGGGCCCGGGAGGAGGACGCCGAGCCGGAGCCGGGCGAGGAGUCCGCCGGCUCGGCGCCGGCGCUCGCCGUCCGCCGGCCCAACCGCGUGACGGAGACCGAUGCGUCGAUCCACCGAAACGGCGAGGUCGACAGCAGCAAGGAGCUGCUCAUGACGAGCGACAGCAACAACGCGUUCAAACGCAACUUCACCCGCCGCCCCUCGCCGUCCCGCCUCACCCCUUACAGCCGCCCGAUCAUCCACGACACCAAAGCGGACGCAGACGACAAAGCUGACGCAGACGACAAAGCCGACGCGACCGCGAGGUUGAAAAUCGCCGAGGUCAAAGUGACCAAGAGCUAUUCCGACAGCACCAGACGCAAGCACGGCGACGCGGCUAGCAAAACCGGCGCGAGGGAGAUGUCCGCGUGGAGCACACGCCGCCCACUCACCUCGACAAGUCCAUACACAAUC